CGCUGAGCUCCGUUCUUUCCAGCACCUCCCAGCCCACCAGUGUCCGGUACUUCUGCCCUGCCAGGAACAAGCCAUCAUGUCUCGCCAGUCCAGUGUUUCCUUCCGAAGUGGGGGCAGCCGCUCCUUCAGCUCUGCCUCUGCCAUCACCCCAUCUGUCUCUCGCACCAGUUUUAGCUCCAUGUCCCGCUCUGGGGGUGGUGGUGGCCGUAGCAGGAUCAGUCUUGGAGGUGCUUGUGGACUGGGUGGCUAUAGCAGCCGGAGCCUCUACAACCCGAGUAGCUUCAAGAUGUCCAUCAGCACCGGAGGAGGCAGCAUCCGGGGCCGCAGUACUGCUGCUGGUGGAGUUGGCUAUGGCUUUGGAGGUGGAGCUGGCAGUGGAUUUGGUUUUGGCGGUAGUAGCUUUGGUGGUGGUUUUGGUGGUGGAUCUGGCUUUGGUGGUGGCUAUGGGGGUGGCUUCGGUGGCCCUGGCUUCCCCGUGUGCCCCCCUGGAGGCAUCCAAGAAGUCACCAUCAACCAGAACCUCCUGACUCCUCUGAACCUGCAAAUUGACCCCACCAUCCAGCGGGUGAGGACAGAGGAGCGUGAGCAGAUCAAGACCCUCAACAACAAGUUCGCCUCCUUCAUCGACAAGGUGCGGUUCCUGGAGCAGCAGAACAAAGUCCUGGAUACCAAAUGGGCUCUGCUGCAGGAGCAGGGCACCAAGACUGUGAGACAGAACCUGGAGCCUUUGUUUGAGCAGUACAUCAACAACCUUAGGAGGCAGCUGGAUGGGGUUCUAGGAGAAAGGGGCCGCUUGGACUCAGAGCUGAGGAACAUGCAGGACCUGGUAGAAGACUUUAAGAACAAGUAUGAAGACGAAAUCAAUAAGCGUACCACUGCUGAGAACGAGUUUGUGAUGUUGAAGAAGGAUGUGGAUGCUGCCUACAUGAACAAGGUAGAGCUCGAAGCCAAGGUAGAUGCUCUGAUGGAUGAGAUCAACUUCCUGAAGAUGUUCUUUGAUGCGGAGCUGUCCCAGAUGCAGACACACAUCUCAGACACAUCUGUGGUGCUGUCCAUGGACAACAACCGAAGCCUGGACCUGGACAGCAUCAUCGCUGAGGUCAAGGCUCAGUAUGAAGACAUCGCCAACCGCAGCCGGACCGAAGCUGAGUCCUGGUACCAGACCAAGUAUGAGGAGCUGCAGCAGACCGCUGGCAGGCAUGGUGAUGACCUUCGAAACACCAAGCACGAAAUCUCUGAGAUGAACCGCAUGAUUCAGAGGCUGAGAGCCGAGAUUGACAACGUCAAGAAGCAGUGUGCCAACCUGCAGAAUGCCAUUGCUGAUGCCGAGCAGCGAGGUGAGCUGGCCCUCAAGGAUGCCAGGAACAAGCUGGCUGAGCUGGAGGAGGCCCUGCAGAAGGCCAAGCAGGACAUGGCACGGCUGAUGCGUGACUAUCAGGAGCUGAUGAACGUCAAGCUGGCCCUGGAUGUGGAGAUUGCCACCUACCGCAAGCUGCUGGAGGGCGAGGAGUGCAGACUGAGUGGAGAAGGAGUUGGACCAGUCAAUAUCUCUGUGGUUACAAACAGUACGUCCUCGGGCUACGGCAGUGGUUCCUUCGGCGGUGGCUUGGGCUACGGUUUCGGCAGCAGUCUUGGUGGAGGCGGUGGCAGUGGAGGCUACUACUCCAGCAACAGUGGAGGCGUGGGAGGCGGUGUGGGCCUGGGGGGCGGGCACAUUGCAGGCUUCAGUACAAACAGUAGCCGAGGGAUGGGGGGAGGCUUAAGCAGUGGUGGGGGCAGCAGCUCCAGUGUCAAAUUUGUUUCCACCACGUCCUCCUCCCGGAGGAGCUUCAAGAGUUAAGGAGAGUUGCAGCAGCAAGCCCCUGACCCCUAAGGGCAGUUGUUCCCCAUCCCCCCACCUCAGGACAACUGUCCCUGCUAGGCAAUUGUCCAAGCCAAGUUUUUCCCUUUUCUGGAGAGUAGUCUAGUCCAGGUCUACCAUGGAACCACCUUUGCUUUCAAGGUAAAACCCCAUUUCCAGUCUACUCUCCCACAUCAUCUCUUUCUAUUCUGCAGCAAAUUGGUCUUUCAGUCCCUCUAGCAUGGUUCCUGACAAUAUAAAAAUCCCAACUCUUCUAGAAUGUAAGCUAGUGAAACAGAAUCCCACCCCAGCCUCCACCUCAAUUUUGUCCUAAUUCUGACU